CAAACAACUAGAGUUCCGGGGGCGAUACCACCAACGUUUAACUGCUAUAUUAGCCAAUAUUAUUGUGAUUUGUCCUAUAAUACGUUUAUUUGUAUUUUCGUUAUAGGAUAGUCAUGCAACACGACAAGGAUUCCAAGGCAACAUUUUACACUUGUAGUUGUUUUAGCACUGACAAUAUUUUCCUCGAGGAGUUCAAACUUCAUGUCAGAUUUCUAUCAGAGCACCAGUUUAGAACGGAUUAUCAAGCGGUGUUAAGAAAUCUUGGCUGCUCCACUGACACAGAAUUCGAGGACAUCCUGAAAAAGAUUGCCAAAGAAGUUGAAAGGCGCAGGAGCCUUGGUGUGAAGUCAGCUGAGAGAGCUGCUGCCAUUAAGGAGAUUUAUAAACCUCUCCAUGACCAUGUCUACCAUCUCCAGGAGUCCUAUAUGGCCCCAGAGUUUAAACAGAUGGUGGAUUAUUGUCGAAGUGAUGAGGCCAGUAAAGAGGGACUGUUGAGUUUAAUGCAGACAGAAGCAGCCGCAAGGGUCUUCCGCUUUCCUGUGUUCAAGAAAGUAUUCUGUGAGGAGCUGAUAGAAGAGAUGGAACACUUUGAACAAUCUACAUCACCCAAGGGCAGACCGAACACCAUGAAUAACUAUGGGAUCCUCCUGAACGAGUUAGGGUUUGACGAAGGCUUCAUCAUCCCGCUCCGUGAGCAGUAUCUGCAGCCUCUCACAUCUCUGCUAUACCAUGACUGUGGAGGACGCUGCCUGGACAGCCACAAGGCCUUCAUGGUGAAAUAUGACAUGCAUGAAGACCUGGACCUCAGCUACCACUACGACAAUGCAGAGGUCACUCUCAACGUGUCUCUGGGGAAAGAGUUCAAGGAGGGGAAUCUCUACUUUGGUGACAUGAGACAGGUGCCUCUGAGUGAGACAGCAUGUGUGGAGGUAGAGCACAGAGUGACAGAGGGUCUCCUCCACAGAGGACAACACAUGCACGGUGCCCUGCCCAUCUCCUCUGGCCAGCGCUGGAACCUCAUUGUCUGGAUGAGGGCCUCACAGGAGAGGAACAAACUGUGCCCCAUGUGCAACAAGAGACCCACCCUGGUCGAAGGAGAGGGUUUCGCAGACGGCUUCACAAGUGACACAGGGAUAUCUCUUCUACAGAAUGUAUCAUGUGACCUGCAUUGACUUAAUGCUGCUGGUCCAUGUAUAUUUGUGUAUGUUAGUGUAACUAUUGUCUGGAUGUUUGCUUAUCGUAGAGAUUAUCGCAUGUGCCAUAGAAGAGUUGUGGAGAGGAAACGUGAUAGACAUUAGGAACAUAGGGAGGCUCAUCAUUACUUCUACAAAACACCUCACUACCAACUUCAUUAUGCAGUGUCACAGGUGCACCUUGUUCUGGGCAACUCUAAAAUGUGCAGUUUUGCCACACGACACACAUGCUAAAGAUGUCUCAA